AUGAAGUCGCUUGAAGAUUUGUUGGCGCUAAACGUAACGCGGGACCAUCAGGCACUGGUUUGCAUCUCGCUCCCUCCCAACAUUCAUUCAAGCGGUUAUUGGAGAAAUUCUAAGGUAGAUGAUGAGUCGCCCUAUUCUGCAACUCAUCCAUUGAGCGUCAAAAAACUCUCAAGUGCUACGUUGUCAGUCCUCGAAGAGCAAAUGGCUUUGGCUUUUUUCCUCACCCAGUUCCUUCAUCUCGCUCUCAAGUGCUUUGGAAUCCCCGUCUUUGUCACUCAGAUGCUGGCAGGUAUAAUCCUCGGUCCAGGGAUGUUGGGGAGCAUAUGGCCUGGAUACGAAAAAAUCAUGUACGACAUUGUAAGUCAGGACGUAAUGGGGACGUUAACGGUGUUGGGUUACUGCAUGUUUUUAUUUCUGAUGGGAGUGAAAAUGGACAUCGGCAUUGUACUUAGAACAGGGAGGAAGGCCUUGUACACCGGGGCUGGCUCCUUGAUAGUGCCUUUAUGCGUCGGUCUGUUUACUCUUGGAACCCGAGGUGUUUUUCUUAACUGGGAAUUAGAGCAAAAUGACUUGCAGGCCCUUGCAUUAGCCGUAAUCACAAACGCUCAGACUUCAUUUACCGUCAUUGCCUGCCUCCUCGGGGACCUCAAACUCCUCACUUCGGAACUAGGCCGCUUAGCACUCUCCUCGUCUAUUGUGUCUGACAUUUUGGGUUUGUCUCUUCGAACUUUUACCAAACUGGCUAUGAGCACUGGAAAGGAGGGCGGAUUUUUUCGCAACACGAUUGCCAUGCUCGGUUAUAUCCUUGUUGUUUACUUUGGGGCACGCCCUGCUAUGUAUUGGAUCAUCAGACAGACGCCCAAAGGCCAGCCUGUUCACAACGGCUACCUUCUUAUCAUCUUGAUUGGGGUCUUAUGCUCAGCGCUAUUUUCCUUCUAUUUUAAUCAAUAUCUUUUCUUCGGCCCUUUCGUUUUGGGCUUAGCUGUCCCGGAAGGACCCCCGCUCGGCUCCGCUCUCGUCAAGUGCUACGAUUUCAUGGUGUCCGAUAUUCUUCUUCCACUGUUUGUAACCUCCAAUGUGUGGCUCAUGAAUCCCAAAGACAUCAAGUUUAAAGGAAAAUUUGCAAUUCCUAGUCUUGUCCUCCUCGUUGUGUCUACCGUCUCCAAAUUUGGAGGCAGUUUACUACCUGCACUCUACUGUGACAUGCCUCUAAUGGAUGCUUUGGGACUCGCUCUCAUAAUGUGCUGCAAAGGUGUCGUGGACUUGGGCUCCUUGAGCACCGUCACCAAAGAUAUGGUAUCUAUCUCUCUCUGUCUGUCUGUCCAUCCAUCCAUCCAUCUAAGUCUAGAACAAUAUUGCUACAUAUUUGUACCACAUUUAUCGACCACUUUACUAAUUAUCUCUCCAAUACAUGCACGACUCACCUUAAACACUAAUUAA